AUGAGCGCAGAAAAAGAGAUAGAAAAAACGUCCCAAAGCGAUGGCCUCGGCCUCUCUUCUGAGCAAAUCCAGACCUCGAUCGAGAAAGGUGAUACUCACCUCGUCUGCAAUGCAGGGGGCUCGGCAGAUGGGACCAAAGCCCAUCCACAACCGACCAAUGACCCAUUAGAUCCAUUAAAUUGGUCGACUAUGCAAAAACAUGUUAUACUAGCAAUUGUGAUGCUCAAAUACUUUCUCUUCACGUAUCUUACAACAACGACGGUACCUUCUUUCACCGAGAUUCAAGAUCAGUUUCAGAUCAGUUAUUCGCAAGUGAAUUGGACUGUCGCCGUACCCGCCCUCGGUCUAUCCGUUGGUCCUCUUAUGUGGUCUUCUCUGAGUGACAUAUAUGGUCGUCGACUUAUCUUCCUGAUUGGAACUACUAUUGCUUUGGUAUCAACAAUUGGAGCAGCUGUCGCUGAUAGCUACUCUGGAUACAUGGCUGCCCGGUUCUUCCAGGGAUUUGGUGUCAGUCCUGCCUCAACUGUUGGCAUGGCUGUUGUGAAUGAUUUAUUCUUUGACUAUGAACGAGGACAGAAGCUUGGGCUGUGGGUGUUGGCGAUAGAUUCUGGACUUCUGCUUGGGCCGACCCUGGGUGGUUUUAUGGAUCUAGUAAGCUCCGCAUGGAUUAACUGGUUCAAUGCAAUUCUGUUUGCCGUUCUCUUGGUACUGGAGCUGUUCUUCAUGCCCGAGACGCUUUAUCCUCGACAAAAAAUGCUGCUUUACCAAAGCAGUACUGUUACCAAUAGCACCACCCCCAUCGCUAUCGAAAAACAGGAAACCAAGGGACCAGAGCCACCUGCACGCGAGAUGCUCUCUGGAGAGUUCCAUUUAGACUUGCACCGGACAAAAAAUCUAGCUUUUGUUAACCUACGACCGAUCCCUGGAAUGCGGCACCCUAAGCCCUGGGACUCUAUUACUCGCUUUUUCAUCACUUUCAAGUUCCCCACCAUCUCCAUCGCAGUGAUCGGAUAUUGUUUCCUUUGGUAUUGGUGGGUUCUAUCAGUUAUUACCAUGGUGCCAGCCGCAUAUGCGAACUAUACACCGCUUAUACAAGGGCUGUUGUUCCUUGGCUUGCUCUUGGGUACUAUAGUCUCAGAGAUCUUCUGUUCUGGGCGACUGAGCGAUUAUAUUGUUGAGAAGUUGGCAAAAAAGCGAGACAACGUUCGCGUUGCAGAAAUGCGGUUAUGGCUGGCCUACCCCGCGAUCUUGGUUACAGCAGUUGGCUCAAUUUUGUGGGGCAUCAGCAUUGAUAAAAAUUACCACUGGGUGGUUGGACAGGUUGCUUUCUUCCUCUUUGCCGCAGGAAUACAAAUCGGCAACACUGUGACCAGCAGUUAUAUUGUCGACAACUAUCCUUUACAAUCGACGAGUGUCAUUACAUUUUAUGCCGUAUUCCUCAAUUUAAGUGCAUUUAUUAAUCCGUUUUUCAUUGCGUCUUGGCAAGCCUCGGUUGGCUGGACUUGGACAUUCACCGCGCAAGGAUUGAUAGUUCUAUUUGGAGGAGCUGUGCUCUUUGGAGUCCUACACAGAUAUGGGGGGCUCAUGAGAAGUAAGGUACCGCAGCCAUCCUGGGUUAAUCCUGAAUAUGAUAUAGUCGUGGAAGUCGAAGCCGAAUAA